GCAGACAGUGCUCUCUCUAGACAACAGCAUUCAGAAGUCGUAGAAAGUUAUAAAUCUCGCAGCAUCCUUCCGAAUAAUUAACAGUAAAUAAUUAUUUUUUUUAGGAAUUUGACCGUGGGGGUCAAAUCUAGGUUUUUACCAAUGUAUAUAGACGCGUUUAAACGGAUGAUUUUUGAACGGCUGAAUUGUUUGAAAAGAAUGUGUGUGUGUCAGCGGCAGUGCAGUUCGUUGGCCAUGUCUAAGGUUGCAGUAAAGAAGCUGCACUGGCGCUCUAAAGUGCAGGAGACCUUCGUACCGCUGGUGGGCAGCUCUGGAGAUUUGGGAAUUGCCAUCGGAGGCGGGGCUGAUUAUGGAGAGUUCCCAUUCGUCACCGCAGCACCAGGGGGAGGGAUCACAGUUGGCGAUAUUAUCUUAGAAAUCGGCGGAACUCCUGUUUUGGGCCUGACUUUAGGAGAUGUGCGUGGGCUCCUAAACUCCUGCCCCCAUCCAAUCCGCAUCAAGACAGUGUCUCCAGGCUCAACUCUAUGCAAGGAUCUAAGGUUAUAUCUGAGCAAAUGUUUCACACCAGGUUCAAUGGACAGUCAACUCCAGCAGGUGAUCCGAGAAAACCUCUACUUGAGAGCUGUGCCCUGUACGACUAGACAGCCACGAGACGGCGAGAUCACGGGAGUCGACUAUAACUUUGUCUCCGUUGAGGAGUUCUUCUCGCUGGAGGAGUCGGGGGCGCUGUUGGAGAGCGGGAAGUUCAAAGGGAACUACUACGGAACCCCUUGUCCGGUUCACAUCAAUCCUGAUAGUCCUCCCAUCACCUACCAGGAGCACCGCAACCUGCUGAGAAACUUCCGCACACGUAGCAAGUCCCUCAGCAACCUGGAGAAAGCAGGCGAGGAGGGAGACAACAGCGAGGAGGACUCAGGUCUAUCAGGUGGUUCGGCCUGGGCGAGCAGUGCCCCCGCCCCCACAUCAUCCCCCAGCCAAUCACGAGAUUCAAGCGGAGGAGACGGCAGUGCCUUGGAGAAUGGGCUCGGACCCCGUAGAGGAGCACGGGUGACAGGGUCGCAAAACUGGGAGAUGAUGUACAGCGACUCAGGGAAUGCCUAUUACAAAGACCAUCAUCUAAAGCCAUCCUCUUGGCUUAAUCGCCGAGCUCACAGCAGAGACAAUGUCUGUAUGACUGAAUACAUUUCACAUUCAUGCAUUUGGCAGACACUUAAAGACUUACAAAGCAACUUACAGUGCAUUGAAGUGGCAGAGUUUACAGACCAGCCGAGUGAACUGAAAGGCUUCUCCGUUCACACUCGUCUGGUUAAGGGGUCACGGGGGUUCGGCUUCAAUAUAGUGGGAGGCAGCAGGCGGAGGGAGUUCCUGCAGAUCUACAGCAUCACUCCCGGAGGACCUUCCAUCCUUCACAUAGCGGAUAUUCUGGUGUACAUCAAUUAUACCUGUGUGCUUGGCUUUUCUCACAAAGAGGUAGUGGAAAUGUUGAAAGCCAUUCCGGUGGGUCACACUGUGGACGUUGUUGUCCGAAGAGGCUACCCCAUGCUCUAUAACUCUGAUGGCUGUCCGAAGAUGCCUAAUCCUAGGCUAACGGCAUCCCUAGACCAGUCACUACAUUUACCUCCACCAACCACCACCCAACCCCAGGCCCAGGCUCCUCUCCCAUACGCUCAGCUACACCUCAACCACAACGGGCCCAUGUGGUCUGAUUUUGAGAGGGGAUCCUCAAGGAAUCUCAGAGUACGGGCAUCAAGGUUCAGUUUGGAUGCUAAUGGUAAUUCAUCUCCAUUUGCUUCUCCUUCAAGACAGCCAUCAUCAUACCAGUACUCUAACGGGUAUGGGAGUGGGUUCCUGAGACCACCACGCUCUGCCCGAAGUAUCAGAAGGUUACAGAGUGCAGAACUGGCCAGCCAGAGUGACAGCGAGGUGGUGUCUGCGAUUGGAUCCCAUAGGGCCUCGUUUAUCCGUAACCACAACAACAACUCUCUGUCCACUCCACCACCUCUCCGCCUGCACUCCUUCAAAUCUUCUGAGAGUGACCUUUCCUCGAGUACUCCACCACCCAUAUCUCGAUUGCCCCUGCCCCACAUUGAUGUAAGUCCAGGCCCUAUCUCUUUCUCUCCUGGAGGAGGAAGGCGCUACUCUCAUCUCCGUAAACCCCAGCAUUCACUACUAACCCCACCUAGCAGCGCCCAUUCUGACGGGCCUUACUUCACCUUCAACGGCACAGCCAGUGCCAGCAGUGGCAGCCCGAACAGCAGCAUUCCUUCACCUGGAGCCAUGAGCGCUGUGAUCGGGAGUGGAGUUGGAGGAAUGGCGGGUAGUGGGGAAUUAGUCCCCGUUGUUUUGGCUAAAUGUGAGAGGGGCAGCAAUAUGGGGUUCAGUGUCACGGCAGGAGGUCACGGAGGAAGACAGACCCUCGUGAAGAAAGUUUGGGACCACAGACAGUGUACCGGACUGCAGCCUGGAGAUGCCAUUGUGAAGAUCAAUGGAGCAGAUGUACAGAGUCUCAGCUUUGCACAGGUCCAAAGGAUUUUGCAAGAACACACUAAAAAGGGGGAGGUUAUUCUGCUGGUUUACAGAGGGGGCCCCUCACAUUUCUCCAAUUCGCCUAAUUCUGUGCGACGACUGACUCCUCCCCCUCCUCGCUCCGCCUCCGACUCUGAAGUCCCUCUCACUGACUCCAUGCCAUUAUCGCGCAGCUCUUUAACCCCGCCCUCUCCAGCGCUAGUGCGCUCCUCAUUGGUCCAGAGCACCAGCUUCCUGGAUUCUGUUCCUGUCACUCUCACGCUAGAGCCACGCGAUUGGAUGAGUUCAGAGGAAGGAGGGACAGUACUCAGUCCCAGAGUAAAAUCAGAGGAGAAAGAACAGCCUCCUGCGCUGAGGGGGUAUGAGGUGGAGCUGAAGAGGAAGCCAGGUGAAGGCUUUGGAUUUGUUAUCGCCUCUCAGGAUGUAGAGAAUGUCAAAGCAGCAUCUCUGCUGCCUCACAGGUUUGUGACGGUACGCAGAGGCAGCCCGGCGGCAUGCAGCGGUCAGAUCAGGCCUGGAGAUCGUCUGGAGGCCGUGGAUGGGAGAUCGGUGGUGAAUUUACCUCACAGAGACCUGGCACAGAUACUGAGGAGAGCUGGAAACACACUCCGCUUGACCAUCGUGCCUCGCGCCAGUGCUCAUUCCUCAGAGCGAGCAGAAAAUGACACUGAUCAUAAGAACAGGAAAGCUCACAGGUCAAAACCAAAGCAGGACGCCACGCGGUACUACAGUGUGGAACUGGAGAGGGGGCCCACUGGAUUCGGCUUCAGUCUUAGAGGAGGGAGUGAAUAUAACAUGGGCCUCUAUGUGCUGGGACUGAUGGAGGGAGGACCGGCCUCACGCAGCCACAAAAUACAGGUGAGUGAUCAGUUGGUGGAGAUCAAUGGAGACGGUACAGCAGGAAUGACUCACAGUCAGGCUGUGGAGCAGAUCAGGACCGGAGGAAGCAGGAUACACCUCGUGUUCAAAAGAGGAAAUGGAUACGUCCCUGACUACGACCGUGAUCACGUCACAGCCGUCUCCUCCUCACCCCAGGCCCUGCAGUCGGGUUUGGCUACAGUGAGCCGUCGCCGAACUCAACAGGAUGCCACAUCCAGUGUUCAAAAACCAGGGAAGAUCAACCGAGAGCGGAGAGAACAGAGGGAGAAGGGAAGUGACGGAGGAGACCGCGAGAGCCCUGACAGUCUCGAGGGCGGCAGUCAGGGCAGGGGGCGGAGGUCGAGAGACGAAAGGAGGAGACGAAGGCCACAGAGCUUGUCUAGAAACACAGGACAUAGUGAGGAAAACGUGGAGGGAAGGGCUGAAAGAGUUGGGAAAGAGAAGGACAAAGGCAAUGAGAGAAGAGAAGACAGGUCAAGACGGAGCAAGAGCGAGGAGAGGGUGAGACGGGUGGAGAGAAAGAGGGAAAAAGACGAAAGCAAGAACACACAAACUAUCAAUAACCAGAGACUUCCUGAGCCUAAACUGCAGUGGGAGGAAGACAACGAGGAGGACGAGUGGGAAAGAGAGACAGAACAAGAGUGGAUGAGAGAGAGAGAAAGGCUGAAAGACAAAGAAUGGGAGAGGGAGGAGAGAAAAUCGCUUACUUCAGAGAGCGACAAGGAAUGGGAAAGAGAAAAGGAGGCGAAUAAGGAAGUGCUUGAGUGGGAGCUGAACAAAAAAACUGAACGAGGGAUUCCAGACGAAUUGAAUGUAGAGCGACAAAGUGAAAACAGGGCAGAAAUGAGUUUCCGUAAUCGUCUGCCUUAUUUGGGCGUCCGUGUGCUGCCUUCGGAAAUUCAGCCCCGCCCACUUCAACCGUUAUCUGGCCUUUCAUUGGAGCAGCCAGUAGUAGGCUCUGAAUUCAAUCGAACCCCAUUUGCUUUUCUUACAUCUGCGCCGUCCGAAUACGCAGAGUCCGAAUCAGGAGCUAGUGUGUCUGAGUGUAGCAUUUCUGCAGCCAGUAUCUCUGGUCUCUCAAUGUAUCUGAAUGAAAACCUUACCUUGAAAACCACACAAAGGGCCCCAGGGCCUCAACUUCCAGGCCCCUGGCUCAAACCCAGCCCACAGAGGCUCAUUAGAGAGGUUGAGAAAGGUGGAGGAACAGAAACAUGAUUUAUGUUGUAAAGGCAACAAUCACUAUUGCUUAUACUUAGGUUUAAAGUCGCGGAAGUAGCGACAAACUUUCGUAUUUGUGGCAUAUAUCUGAUUAAAAUGGAUUUUCGAAAAGAAAGAAAUGUAGGACAGGGACUUGGUAAAAUAUGUUGGUAGUUGAUUGGAUGGAGGCAGAUCUGAAUAUGAAUUUGCAGCUGAUUGUAAGAAAGGGGCGGAGCUUAAGUGGACGAAAUCUAGUAUACGUCACCAGUAGCAGCAAUAUUGACAAUUAACCAUUUUUUACCCGCAAAAUUCCACCGAAAUUUUGCUAAUGUGACUGCGCCUAAAGAGUAUGCUUUUUUUUACUUGGUCAGUAAGCAAUUUACAUAAAUUUACAUUUAGCAGGAACUUUUAUCCAAGGUGACCUAAAAAUGCCAAACAAUAUUCAUAGUACACAGUGCCAAGUAUGAAGUAGUUUAAUGCAGAACCAUCCAGAACAUGCUUGGAAACACCAUUGCAACCAUCCACAGCAAUGGAGCAUCAUGGUGGUGAGUUUUACACAGGGAAACAUCACUUAGAGGACAUUAUUAUAUUUUUGUUUUUUCCUGCACAUUUAAGCAGUUUUUGAACACUCCCACUCCAGCUUGCUCUCUCAAGUCUUUCUCUCUUCUUCUCUUCCACUUUGUCCUCCAUAAUGAAAGUCUGCAGUUAUCAACACAACAUCUUUUACUUUUGUGCCAGACUGUUUGUAUAGUAUGUCGACUUUGUAUGCAACAAAACUAUCAUGUGAAGGGCCAAAUAUUCUCGUUAUCUUUCAUGCUAGCUUGAGUCCAGUUUUAACCUUUAGCACAGCCAUUUUUCUCUUCAGUUCUGCUGUUUGAACUCUCUUUAAUCUUAUACAAUGCUCCAUAAUACAAAAUUUUGAGUGAUAGUUUAGCCCAAGAUUUAAUGUUUGAAACAUUAACUUUGAAUAAUUUGUGCAACAUUAUGAAAUAAGUAUUAUCCAGAUCUCUGCUAAACAGUUUUUGAAGGAUGAUUGCGUAAAUUAGCAUUCUUGUGAAUGAUGUGUGUACAGUUUGUAAACACUGUUAAGAGGAGAUAUAUUUGUCACGCUCCCAAGAGUCCCCUGAAACCAUUAUGCUUUAUUUUUAUGCAUUUGUUCAUAAAUUAUUAUAUUCAUUUUGUGCCCUCUGGGUCUCUGACAUCUCAGGGAGCAGAAAUAUAAACUCUUAAGUUUUUGUUUUUUAGUACGCCCCCUAUACACCCUCAAAGUGACCCUUACUGCUGCCUUGGUAGCGAAAGACUCCUCCUGUCUGCUGACCUUGGCAUCUGUGACCUCAGAAAUCUCAAUUAAAUUCAAAUUAAAUGUCACAUGAUUCAUAUUUUUAAAGGUUUUGCUUCUGACAUGGUUGUAUGCCAUUUAAAGGGAAUAUAAUAUAUUGACCCAUAACACAUUUCUUGCAGCAAUCAAAGUAUGAUUAACACAAAUACAAAGAUUAACUCUCACUCCAACUUCUUCAAAGAGAAAUUACAGUAUAUAUGAAUUUCAGAUGAAGUAUCUGUGAAAACUUUAAAUGAGAUUUAACUAUGAAACAUGAAGUGUAAUUUAUAGAAAGAACAAAGUAAUACUUCAUGAAAUGGUUCUCGUACUGCUCUUGGCAGGUUUGACCUCGUCAACCAAAAAGGACAAUGUUUGUACUGAAAAUAUAAACUGGAGUUUGCAUUAUUGAGUGGCGUUGUGCCAAGCCUGCAAAACCUCUUUAGUUUAAUGCACCCAGGGUCUUUAUCUUUAUUGAUGAAAGCUUGUUAGUAAACAUGAGAGAGAGGUUGACUGUAUUAUGCUCUUGUUAACUGUAGCUUGUUAACUGUAGAUAUACUGAUGAUAUUUUAGCAUUUAACCUAAAAACUGUGCCUAAUACUUAUUUUCCUUGAUUCAUUUUUGGCUGAUCAUUAAGUUCCUAAUCUGUCAUCAAACCAAAACACCACCCAAAAUGGUUCAUUCUGUGUGUCAUACUCUCUACCAGAAUAUACGCACUUAUAAACUAUGCAUAAGAUGUUGCCAUUUUAACCCACAGCAGAUAAUCGGGACAGCAGUGUAAUCUGUGCAGCCCCAGCAGGUCUGGGAUCAGUUUGUUGAAGUCAGUCUGGUGUUGGUGGUCCACACAUCUUUAAACAUAUCAUAAUAUUCUUGAGCCAAUGCCACACUAACAAGUUCAACACCUCUAUAUUUAUUACAUGUUCAGUCUGAAAGGUCCAUUUUAGAGUCUCACAUUGUCUUUAUGUCCAUACUAAUGUCUAUGGCCAUAU